AAAGCAGACAUUUCUGUAAAAUCUGUUUUACCUCAUCAAGUUAUUUGAAAAUCAACUCGCCGAAAUUUAAAAAAUGAACGGUCUUCCGCGUUCUUAGUUACAAAAUGGCGAUUAACUGCAAGUAGAAUCGCGAAUGUCGGAACUAGAAUUUUGGAGCGUCGUGGGAAAGAAAAUGGCAUGUUAUGAUAACACUGCACCGUUUGGUUACACAAGAUAGGUUUUAGAAAAGAAACUAGAUCUAGAUUUUAGAUCGAUACCAUGAAUCUAUUGUUUUAUUAUAUAGCGUUUUGUCUGCCGGCGACAAUGUCAAUGAUGACACAAUGUGAUGCACCUUCCGUCAUCCAUUGAUCAACAAUCAAUCAUGGCUCUUUUCCCAACUCCAAAAGAUUUGAGUAAACAAGAACUGAAGGAAUUUGUUGGUCACAAAGACGAGGUGAACUGUGUGAGCUACUCCUCAGACUUUCAGUUCAUGGUGACCGGCAGUGAUGAUCAACGAGUGAGAGUUUUCAAUGUUAAGACCAAACAGUGCCUAAUAAAGCUCAAAGGUCAUGAAGGAGCAAUUAAAAGUGUGGCAGUCUCCCCAUGUGACAAAUACUUUGCCAGUGGCUCAUUUGACAAGACAGCAAGAAUUUGGCAGACAGCAAAUGGAAACUGUUUACACCUUCUUGAAGGUCACAAGAAGAGUGUUGAAGUUGUGACUUUUUCACCGCGAUCAAUUUAUGUUUGCACUGGGUCGUGGGAUAGAACUGCUAUCAUUUGGUCCGUGGAUAAUGGCUCACUUUUGAAAACGUUUGUUGGACACAGCAAUCUUGUUCAGGCUGUUGCCUUUUCCUUCGACUGCAGAUGGUUGGCCACUGGUUCCUGGGAUUUCACAGUUCGGGUGUGGCAUCUAGACCAUGCAUCUCUCAACAGAGUUGCGACAACUCCUCUGCCAGAUGGAGUAGACUCUGGCUCUAGCAACAACGGUCUGUGCGAUGGGAAUCAGACCGAUGCAACGAGUGAUGAAAGCUUCAAGGGUACAGAAGAUGCUGUGAAUGACAGUCGUUGUGGAGAUGUUGACGGUACUGGUUCAAGUGGCGUUGACAACACUGCUGCAGUAACAGAAGAUAUCGCUAAUGAAAGGAUUGUAGAACAGGAUGUGUUUCUCCGCAGUAAAGGAGAUACCAGCAAAACAGAAGUCACUAUUCCAUUGAGCGAUGUUGAUGAAGGAGGGAGUAAUCAGUGUGUUAUAUCUGAUGAUGUGAAUAUUUCAAUUCAUCCCGUGAAUGGUGCUGUAAGCGGAGAGAUGGUUGAAGUGGUCAGUGAUGUGACAGAUAAAAAUGGUGAACACAGAAGCAGUGGUUCUCAAGAGGGCCAUAAUCAAAGAAAUGUUGCAAGAGACAGAUGUGAUACGUAUGGAAAUGGGAGUGUGGAUCCGGAAUAUAAUGUAAAAGAGAGGAUUAAACCUUCUGUGUGUGACAAAACUGGUACAGACUCCUGUAAUGAUACGCUAGAUAAACCCGGUGCAAACGGUAAUGACAGAGCUGUUCUGAAGGAAAAGAGAAAAGGUGUUAGCUCUGAGAAAAACAGUGCUGUGGUUCAAGAUACCAAACAACAGGACUCUUCUUUGAACAGUACCAGUGGGUGCAAGAAGGGUGGGUACAAAGAGAUGAAAGAUGAAGAGGAGAAGGAGACGAAAAGAUUAAAAGGAAGAGGAGACGGUGAGGGAAAGGAUGGAGACACAGAUGGCGAGGUACGAGGAGAUCAGGGAGAUGAGGGGGACGUGCUGGUGCUUGAAGGACACUCGGGGAACGUCCGCGCUGUUUGUUUCUCCAGGAUUGGAAUGCUGGCAUCUGGAUCAUGGGACAAAACGGUUCGGCUUUGGAACCCCAGAAAUGGGAAGUGCCUCCGACUACUGGAAGGGCAUCAGGGCUGGGUACAGGCCCUUUCCUUUUCCCACGAUUCCACGUUCAUCGCGAGCGCUGCCGACGACGACUCUGUCAAGGUGUGGGACAUUCCUAGUGGAGAGUGCAUCAAUUCUCUGGAGGCUAUCACUGACUUGGCACAGCACUGUGCCUUCACCAGCAACGGUUUGCUCAUCGCGUCUGGAGCUGCCGUGACGAAAGCGAAGAAACUGCCACCCAAGACGACAGACGAGGGAGAACUGCUGAACUUGAUGAACCAGGAAUCGUGAGGCGUACGUGCACAGCCAAAACUGUUACAGUUUUAUGAACACUUUGUGACCAAUGGUUUCUUUACUACCACACAAUUCUGGUAAGAUUGUUACAUUUGUAAGAGAUAAUUUUCUAUUGUGGUACUGCAGUCAAAAUGAUUUAUUUAAAACAUUUUGUGCUGAAAGUUUAGAUUUUUUGAUGAAGGAAUGAUCAAGUGAAGUAUUAUCUUUAGAUUUGAUAUCAAUAUUAUAUUUUACCCAAA